AUGUCGAGCGUUCGUGGGGCUCUGCGCCGCCUGGAGCGCCUCAACGUAAAAUGUGGUGGCAGCUGUGGGACCGUCGCCUCCUUUUCCUCCGCAUCGGCACGGGCAGAGGGGGAGGCCGUAGGCGCCGCGGACACCAGCCACAUGAGCCCAUACGAGAAGGGCCAAUAUCGCCUUGCCUGCUGCAUGAAGCGGGUGAGAAACAAUUUGUCCCUGUUGGAGGAAAAGGGAGUUUCGUUGGGCAUCAAGCGCCAGGCAGAGGUGUCCAAUUCCGUUCGUCGAGACAUCGGGGCCAUGAAGAGGGACGCCGCACCGCUGCGGCGGCUGGCAGUGAAGGAGGACAGGUUAGAGGACUACUCCACCUUGAUGACGCACAUGCGCAAGACAGAGCAGCUCCAGCGUGAUCGCCACGGUGGGCGACUGGGUGAGGAGGGGUUAAGUGGCGGGAUGGCGGCGUCCGGUGCCACAGCGUUUGGCGGCCCCGCAGCGGCGCAAGGGUCCGCGGCGCCGCUGCUGUCUCCACACGGAGAUGCGGAGUUCGCUUUUUUUUUGAGCAAACCAAGGCGCGCGACACCGAGAUGGAUGUGA